GGAGAAAGCCCUCGUCCGCCAUUUCGUGGACGUCGGGUACCGUGAGUCAUUGGCGGGAGCCGGGCGGGAGGCAAGCGGCACGACUUACCGAGGGUGUGUGGGUUUGAGCCUCCGCAUUUCUAACCCCAGAUCUCGAAAUGCAUCGUGAUUCCUGUCCAUUGGACUGUAAGGUUUAUGUAGGUAAUCUUGGAAACAAUGGUAACAAGACUGAAUUGGAACGAGCUUUUGGCUAUUACGGACCACUCCGAAGUGUGUGGGUUGCUAGAAACCCGCCCGGCUUUGCUUUUGUUGAAUUUGAAGAUCCCCGAGAUGCAGCCGAUGCUGUCCGAGAGCUAGAUGGGAGAACGCUGUGUGGCUGUCGGGUAAGAGUGGAACUGUCGAAUGGUGAAAAAAGAAGUCGAAAUCGUGGCCCACCUCCCUCUUGGGGUCGCCGACCUCGAGAUGAUUAUCGGAGAAGGAGUCCUCCACCUCGCCGCAGAUCUCCAAGACGGAGAAGCUUCUCCCGCAGCCGGAGCAGGUCCCUUUCUAGAGAUAGGAGAAGAGAGAGAUCACUGUCUCGGGAGAGAAAUCACAAGCCAUCCCGAUCCUUUUCUAGGUCUCGUAGCCGCUCUAGGUCAAAUGAAAGGAAAUAGAAGACCAGUUUGCAAGAGGAGUGGUGUACAGGAAAUAACUUCAUUUGACAGGAGUAUGUACAGAAAAUUCAAGUUUUGUUUGAGACUUCAUAAGCUUGGUGCAUUUUUAAGAUGUUUUAGCUGUUCACAUUUGUCUCUUGGAACAGUGACCCGUAAAGAUGUAAUUCUCUGUGGUUUGAAAUGAAUCAUAUGAGGCAUGUGACAUCAAGAAUUGUUACUCUACAAUGUUCCCUUAAACAGUUGAAUUUUCUUUGAAUCUUUAGUCUCGCAUAGACUGAUAAUAGACCUCUAACUCCUGCCCAGCUAAAGUGUGAUGUUUAAUAUUAGAAACAAAAUUGGCAAAAAUAGAAGACUGUUUUUUUUCCAUGGGUAGGAUAUGGUAUACAGCUAUAGGUGAAACAAGCAGUCUUUAAAAGCUGCUAUGAACACAAGUCAGCAGGUAAAAUUUAAAGCUGUACCAUCAAUUAUGAUGAGGUUUUUUAAAAAAAAAAAAAAACCCAACUAGUCUUCACACAGAGCAGAGGUGAUCUAGUCGAUAUUGAAUCCAAGAAGUUUUCAAGAAUUUACCUUUGUUUUAGGUCAUUAAUUCCUUAUGUGAUUGCUGUAUAUUGGAAAUUGGAGACUAUUCAAGAUACCAAUGUCCUGCCAGUUUAAGGGUACAUUGUAGAGCCCGAACUUUUGAGUUAACUGUGCAAGAAUGUUUUUCAUGCUCUCAUUUGUAAUAUGUUCUGUGAGAAUCCUUGGGAUUAAAGUUUUGGUUACAAAUUGU